CUGUGUUUCCCUACUCACCUCUCUUCCUGUCUUUCUUUCAGUAUGGCGGCGUGGGAUCUGUCAGUCACAGUGGAGGACCUGGGGCCUGACGCCCCGCCUGUCACCCUCAGUGUUGCCUCUGACCUCCAUGUUGGAGGGGUUAUCCUAAAGCUGGUGGAAAAGACACAGAUCAAACGGGACUGGUCCGAUCACGCACUGUGGUGGGAGCAGAAGCAAAGAUGGCUGCUGCGAACAGCCUGGACUCUGGAGAAAUACGGUAUUCACGCUGACGCCCGGCUGAUCUUCAUGCCCCAGCACAAGCCUCUCAGACUGGGUCUGCCCAACGGAAUCACCUUGAGGCUACGGGCCUGCUUCUCCAACCCCGUUUUCCAGACGGUGAUGGGCAUCUGCAGGAUGCUUAACAUCCGUCACCCCGAGGAGCUGUCUCUCCUUCGUCCUGUGGAGGAGAAAAAGAAGAAAAAAGAUAAAGGCUUGAAAGGGGAAAUAUACGACCUCACUGAGGUGCCCCUCUCUUCGGUGUCCCGGCCCUGUCUGUACAACGGCAUGCCAGCUCACUUUGUGGACUCACCACAGAUGGAGGAAGUCUACAAAAUGCUGUCGGUCACUCAGCCUCCGCCUGCCCCGGAGGCCAUAACCAAGCUUUACCGCCCUGCCAGUGUGGUGGACAAAGCUCACAUCAAUGGCAGGUGGUUGGACUCAUCGCGCUGUCUCAUGCAGCAAGGCAUCCAAGAAAAUGACCGUCUUUGGCUUCGCUUCAAGUACUUCGCCUUCUAUGAUAUAGAUCCCAAGUACGAUGCUGUGCGUCUGACCCAGCUGUAUGAGCAGGCCCGCUGGGCCAUCCUGCUGGAGGACAUCGACUGCACUGAGGAGGAGAUGAUGCUGUUUGGAGCUCUGCAGGUAGAAGCUACAGCUGGGGGGGGGGGCUGGAUAUGCUACCACAUCAGUAAGGUGUCUGAGUCAGAGCCCCAGAUGGUGAGCUCCAGUGCAGCGAUGGAUGACCUGGAGUCCGCCCUGCAGUCCCUGGAGGUCAAAAUGGAGGGAGAGAGUAGCUCUGCAUCUGAACUGCUGGAAAACAUGACUGCACCACAACUCAAUGACUAUCUGAAGAUAUUUAGGCCCAAGAGGCUGACUUUGAAAGGUUACAAGCAAUAUUGGUUCAAGUUCCAAGAUACCUCCAUCUCUUAUUUCAAGAGCAAAGAGGAAAGCAUUGGGGAGCCAAUUCAACAGAUCAGCCUCAAAGGCUGUGAGGUGGCACCAGACGUUAAUGUGGCGGCACAGAAGUUCCUUAUCAAACUGCUGGUGCCAGCACCUGAGGGCAUGAAUGAGGUCUUUCUGCGCUGUGAGAACGUGAGGCCACACACCAACAUUUCUCCUCUCUGUGCCCAACAUCCUGUUGUUUUCACCACCUUUAUCUCAGUCUCGUCUUCUCACCCCUGCCCGCAGUCCCACCUGUCUAACGCUUGUUCCCACUGUGGUCUGCAGGAGCAGCAGUACGCUCAGUGGAUGGCUGGAUGUCGGCUGGCCUCCAAGGGCAAGAGUCUUGCAGACAGCAGCUUUCACAGUGAGAUCGAAAGUAUCCGUUCCUUCCUGGCUAUGCAAAAGUCCAACUCUGGUUCCAAUGGCAGUGCAGAUUCCAGCAACGAAAGCAUCAAUCCUCACAGUCUGGUGUCACCCCGCUACCAUAAGAAGUACAAGCCCAAACUGCUGACCCCUCGUAUCCUGGACGCGUACCAGAAUGUGGCUCAGCUCUCCCUGACAGAUGGCGUGAUGCGCUUCCUGCAGAUAUGGCAGGCCCUGCCAGACUUUGGGCUGUCAUACAUUGUUGUCAGGUUUAAGGGAAGUCGAAAAGAUGAGGUCCUAGGCAUAGCCCCGAACCGCCUUAUCCGUAUCGACCUGGGUGUGGGUGAUGUGGUGAAGACUUGGCGCUACAACAACAUGAAGCAGUGGAACGUCAACUGGGACAUACGACAGGUAGCCAUAGAGUUCGAGGGGAAUGUCAACAUUGCCUUCAGCUGUGUCACUGCCGACUGCAAAAUCGUUCACGAGUUCAUCGGAGGCUACAUUUUCAUGUCAACCCGCAGUCGUGAGAAGAGCGACACACUCAACGAGGAGCUUUUCCAUAAGCUUACUGGAGGCCAUGAAGCUCUUUGA